AUGGCACCAACCCAUGACAGCCACCCUUCCACCAAAGCAUUACACGCAGAUGAUGCCCUGAAUCUAGUGACUGAUGUCGCACCUCCUAUCCAUCUGUCCACAACCUUCAGGUAUCCCAACGACCCAAAUCAAUUCAUUCCCUCCGAAGAUCCAGUGGACGAAUUCAACGGCAAAAACUACGUCUAUUCCCGUGAAUUCGCCCCAAAUGCAACCCGUUUCGAGGCAAUUCUGUCAUCCCUCUUAGGAGGCCAAGCAAUAAGCUACUCAACAGGUCUAGCAGCCCUACACGCAGCCCUAACCCUCCUAAACCCACGCCGAGUUUCCGUCGGCGACGGGUACCACGGCAGCCAUGAAGUAAUCUCCGUGAUAUCGCGUCUAUCAGGACUCCAGAAGCUACCUCUCAACUGCCCGGCCGAGAGUCUAGAAGCCGGCGACGUCAUCCUCCUCGAGACGCCGGUUAACCCGCUCGGAACGGCGUUUAGUAUUGAAGAGUAUGCAAAGAAAGCGCAUUCUCGUGGUGCGUUCCUCGUUGUUGAUAGUACCUUUGCCCCGCCUGGCUUGCAAGAUCCGUUCGUUUGGGGCGCGGAUGUUGUGAUGCAUUCCGGGUCGAAGUAUUUCGGCGGUCAUAGUGAUUUGCUUUGUGGGGUUCUUGCUGUGAAACGGGGUGAUUGGGCGAAACGGUUGUUUGAGGAUCGGAUUGCGCUUGGGUCUGUUAUGGGGAGUAUGGAGAGUUGGCUUGGGACGAGGAGUUUGAGGACGUUGGAAAUUCGUGUGCAGAGGGCGAGUGCGAAUUCUGCAAAGUUGAUUUCUUGGAUGCACAGUGCUAUGCUGGCUGAGUCUCCUGCUGUUGGUAGUGAGGAGAAGGUGGUUCAGUCUGUUGUGAAGACAAUUUAUCAUGCUAGUUUGCAGGAUGGGGAGUGGUUGCAAAGGCAGAUGCCUAAUGGGUUUGGGCCUGUAUUUUCUGUUGUUUUGCAAAAGGAGGAGUUUGCAAAGGUUUUGCCGACUAAGCUUUGCUUCUUUCAUCAUGCCACUAGUCUGGGUGGUGUUGAGUCUUUAAUUGAGUGGCGGGCUUUGUCGGAUUCGAAGGUUGAUCGGAAGUUAUUGAGGGUUAGUGUUGGAUUGGAGAACUGGGAGGACUUGAAGGAGGAUUUGCUGCAGGCGUUCAAGUCGCUUUUGCCUUGA